AUGGGUAAGACGCGUGGUAUGGGAGCCGGGCGCAAGCUGCGCAACCACCGGCGCAACCAACUGUGGGCGGACAAGCAGUACAAGAAAAGCCACCAGGGCAACGAGUGGAAGAAACCCUUUAUGGGCUCGUCCCACGCCAAGGGCAUCGUGCUCGAGAAGAUUGGUAUUGAGGCGAAGCAGCCCAACUCCGCCAUUCGUAAGUGCGCGCGAGUGCAGCUGAAAGAACGGCAAGAAGAUCGCCGCGUUCGUGCCCAACGACGGUUGCCUCAACUUCAUCGAGGAGAACGACGAGGUGCUCAUUGCUGGAUUCGGCCGUAA